AGGUAUUGUUUUAUUUGUUUGUUCCACUUGGAUGAGCGCAUAACACCACGUCAAACAUGGGUGCAGGUAUGAAUAAUUGCCAUUGUAGCAGCUCGAUUUGUUUUCAGAAGGAAGGCGGCGUAUCGUGGUUUUGUUUAUUUUCGCUUGGGAUUGAAAGUUUUGUUCCAUGUUAUGCUAAGGUUUGUUGACAAGGAAAUAUCACGAUAUACUGACAAGAACACUUUACAGCCAUCAGUCAAAAAGAAAUGAAGCAUUGUCAAAUGGUGGGCUGCAUUUAAAUGUGCUAUCGUGAAGUUAUGCAGCAAGAGCGUGGUAUCAAAGACAACACGGUAAACUUUUCAACAAAAGCGGAGAAGAUACAUGAUCAAAGCGAUGAAGGGCCGGAGGAAGUCUUUACUAAGACCAAGCACGGCCGAGCGCGUUUAUUAAGAAGAUGCACAUCACAGAAUCUUUUGUUAAAUGAAAAUCAAAAGGAUAGCGGUGAGGGGCAAAACAGACGAGACUCAUUUAUUUCGUCCAGAAGUAGCGUUGUGUUGUUCGCGAGGCCGGUCUCUAGCUCUACCAAUAACCACGGUGCACCUGCGCUGUUUCCUCGCCCCAAAUCAAGCCUCAUGGAGACUUCAGGAAGUUUAAAAACCAGGAAAGCAAGUGACUCUGACUCUGAUCGAUUAACGAGAAGGAGAAGUUCAAACUCUUCGUCGUCAAAAGCUUCAGUGCCGUCUCUGAGGAGAUCGAGUUAUUUUAGCUUACAGAGUCUUCGACGUACAAUCGUAACUGAGAAUGGAGAAGCGAAACAUUUAAAAAAGAAAGGGUCUCGGGAAGAUUUCAGCAGGUUUUUUAAGGGAAUGGUCACAGUAGUAGACGAGGAGGAGAUGGAAGAGAAACGACAACUGGCUCUCGCAAGGUUUCGUCGGGCUGUAUAUCUGAUUCGUAUUUUCAGUACCUUGUGUCUUAGCAUCAGACGAUAUGCUGACCAAGACAAAUCUCGACAGUAUGAUUUUUACUACAUUAGAGACAUUUUAAUGGGAGACGAUGAUGGAGCAACUACAGUGAAGGAAGCGCCCAUAACGUUUAACAAGCACCUUUUCUCAAGGGAUAACACGCUUCAUUUUCCAUUAUGGGCUCGUUUGAUUUGUGCGAAGAAGCCAGAUCAUAGAACCGAGGCUGAAAUGAACAAGCUUGUUACACUUUUGCGUGGGAUGAAGAGCUUUGGAAAGUUCUCCCGUGAAUCACAGCGAAACUUGUGUCAGACAAUGACCUAUGCCUGUUAUGAUCGCAGAAGGCUUAUCGUUAGACAAGGACAUCCGGGAUAUUGUUUCUACUUCAUAGUCUCAGGUUCUGUCUCCGUCACCAUAACUCGGUUGGACUACAAGACAGGAAUCUACGUAACAAACACCGUGGAUGUUCUGGAGAAGAACGAAGCAUUUGGGGAGAUAGCGCUCAUAUCAGAGGAAGCAAAACGAACAGCAACAAUUAUAUGUCGGGAAAGAGUCGAGGUACUUGUGGUGAACAGGGAGACCAUGUUGGAAUACUGUCCAGACGUGUUUCAAAGAGAAUACGAAGAAAAAUUGCAAGUUAUGAGGAGUCAUUCUUUGUUUGACGGCUGGGGAGAUGAUCUUUUGCGACCAUUGAGUUUUCGAUCACAUAUCAGAGAGUUUUCUUACGGGAAGCUGAUCGACGAGGAGUCGACAACUUCGGAAUCGAUUUACUUUAUAAUCAAGGGAAAAAUAGAGAUGUUGCGUCGAGUCGACUUGCAAGCUGUUCUGAAAUCUGACGUCACAAUCAACUUGUACAAGCAUCGACCUCUUCCUCGUCCAAUAGCAUCACUUCCUCGCAAAAAGGGGUCAAAUACAUGCUUCAUCAACGUGGGCUCAUUACAACCAGGGGAUUCGUGGGAUCUAACGACCAUGGGGGCUACUGAUCAAGCAGCUGGUCCGGGGAAUAUUCUAGUGAGCGCAGGAGUUCGAGUUUUAAAAGUUCCCAAGAGGAGAGUUGUGGAGUUAAGCCCUAGAGGACACAUGGAGACAUUUGAAGAAAAUUUUAACCCCAAACACAGAUGUCUGACGGAUGAGGAACUUUAUCGAGAUUAUCUGGCCGCUGAGGCUUGGUUAGACUACAGAAAGAAAGUUGUACGGAAUGUUAUAGACUCUAAAGCGGGGCGCUUUAUUGCGCAUGUUUCUGCCACAGAAAAGGGAUCCUCAGGUUGGACGACGUGGCCUGGUAGCAAGCCUGGAACGUGAUUUUACGAAAUACGAAAAUGUUUGAACUAGAUGAAAAGAGCUGCUUUGACUUAUCUCAGUAUUUACGAUAAAAAACCUCUAGUCCUGACUUAUGUGGAAAAAUCUGGCCAUAACAAAAUCAUGCCUCGCCAAUACAAGAAGAAGAGGAUAUUGAGGGGUGAAGUUACGGCCGUUGCUUUGUCACGCAACGUCGGUGGAGAGAACCCUCUGUUGUCUCCCGACGUUGCGUGAUAAAGAGAGGGAGAAAAAAGUUACUAAUAAAAAGCACUGCGUCGAACACGAUUACAUUUA